GACUUCCCUGCCCGUAAUCACGCAGGGAGGGAAUGAACCGCCCCCGCCGUGCAGCAAAACAACAUUAGUCCGUCAGCUUGUUCCUCCCACCAGGAGGGGGCGCUAGAGAGAAGGCCGCGAGCGGUUGGCGGAACUUGCGCGGGCGAAGUGCAUUCUGGGGCCGACGGAGAAGAGACGACGCUUGCUUCUCCCUCGUCUUCCUUCUCUCGCAGGGAUUCAGCGGAGCCCGCGCGGCACUCUCGCCUCCUUUCUCCCGCUGUCGCGAGACGCGCGUCACCGCCUCGCACGGUCUUCUGCUUACCUCAGCCAGGAGCUCAAAGAAGGCGGAGGGCGACCCCGCUCGCGCGUCCUUCCUUCCCGCCUCUGCCGACGCUGCGCCCGCUAAGCAGCACCUGACGCCGCCGCCAUGCCGAAGAAUAAAGGUGAGGCCUGGGCAGACCUCCGCCUCCACGCGGCGCCUCUGGCCGCCCCUCUCCCCUUCGAGGCUCAGUCCCGCCCCGGGAUAAGGCGCUGCCUUCGGCGCCCCUGGGCCUGGCCCUCCGCUGGGGUUGAAGUGCGUCGCCUUCCUCUUUCGGAAGAGAGGCGAGGGUCUAGUGGCCACCCUUCCUUCUCGCGUCUUUUUCUCUUCCCUUCUUUCUUCCCUCGCAACCUUACAGUCUCCCCAACCAGAGGACUUAUAUUCGGAUUUAAGGCCCGCCUAGUUCACUGGGCUCACUCCCAAGUGUGUGUCUUGGAAGAGAAUCGUCGUGUAUUUAUUGCAUAUAUUCAAUACCACACGUGUGUGUAGGAUCACACACCCUUUUUAGGCCGUCUGGGUGGCAGGGACCUGUACGGGAAUUGGUGAUUUAAGACAUCUGAAGGCAGCCCUGUUUAGGGAAGCUUUUAAUGUUUAAUACUGUAGAUUAAUGUAUUUUAGUGUUUUGUUGGAAGCUGCCCAGAGUGGCUGGGGAAACCCAGCCAGAUGGGCGGGGUAUAAAUAAAUUAUUAUUAUUAUUAUUAUUAUUAUUAUUAUUAUUACUGUGACACCUCCCCCACACACUUUAGGCCUGUUUCCUCACCUUUACUUCCCUUUCAUUUGCUGUGUCUUAUGAUUAUUGUGUUGGUUUUGAUUAUUUGCUUUAUGUUUGUUUUCCUGGGGCAUCAGAGUCCCUGAAAGACAUUGGUCACUUGAUUCUUCUUUGGUCCUGUUGGAUUUAAUUUCCAGUUAAAUAUGAUUCCCAGAAUCAGCAACAGAGAUCAAGCCUUCAGAUUUGUAGUCUAAAUAGCUGAUGAAUUUGAGUUUUGAUUUUGAACUUCAAAGUAUACAUUCUCCUACAGUUUAGGAUAAACUGUUAGCAUGAAUGUUUUCCAAAGUGUUAUACAAAUCUUUUCAGUGCAAGAAGUUCUGUGUCAGGCAUAGGCAAACUCUGGCCUUCCAGAUGUUUGGGACUACAGUUCCCAGCAUCCCUGACCACUGGUCCUGUUAGCUAGGGAUGAUGGGAAUUGUAGUCCCAAACAUCAGGAGGGCCGGAGUUUGCCUAUGCCUGCUCUACGUCACUGUUUACUUACAUACAUAUAGAUAUAUGUGCAAAAUAGUUACAUCCAUUGCCUUUGGAAGAGGACAAAUUAUUUUUACGCUAUAAAUUCCAUUAAAUUACUAAUUUGAUAUUCAUUAGUAGCUACUACACACACUGAAAAUGGGGGGAGAUUAUGUGUUUGUUCUGUGAUUUAUUAUUAAUGGCUUUAUAAUUAGGUGUUAAUCCAUAUUUUCUACAUGGUGUUAGUGUUGUAGAUGGUAUGUAAGCUAUAUUCUUCCUGGUAUAAACCUGCCUUCGGUUUCCACGGUUAUUUAAGUUUCUGGUGUAAUAUACUUGAAUAUGCACUUAAUUUGGAUGAUUAACGUACUACUUUUCCUCUUAGAACUUACUAAACUAGAAAAUUGUAUUAGUAUAGCUAAUUCUGUUAGCUAACUACAAUAUAUGCAUUUGAAGAAGGGAAAAUGUCUGCAAACCUUAGCAAAACUGUAGAUGAUUAUUGGAAACAAACACAAGUAGUUGUGUUACCUUUUAUUGGGGAUAGUCUAUAUUUUGUACCUUUAUUGGGGAAUUUGUAUACUUUGUAUCUGAAUUUUACUGAAUUAGCUCUUAGGAGCCGUUACUAUUAGUUGUAGCACUGAGAGUGCCUUCCAAGUCUUAAAUAAAAAUUAACUGCCUUAGAGGAAGGAACAUCGAGUGGGUUAGAUGAAAAUCUGCUAUUUCAGAAAAAAAUAUUCUCUUAUUAAAAAAAAAACUUUUGGGAGGCCUGAUAUGCCACUAAUUUAUUCAACAUAAUUUUUCAUGCAGGAUUUCAAAUUAUGGUAACCCAUUGUUUCUUGCAAUUUAGGUAAGGGAGGUAAAAACAGAAGACGAGGUAAGAAUGAGAAUGAAUCAGAAAAAAGAGAACUGGUGUUCAAAGAAGAUGGACAAGGUGAGACAUACAGUUUUGUCAUCCCCUAUGCAUGCGGUAACAUUUUAUGGUUAAUGUCAUUGGAUUGCCAUGGUUUUCUGGACAUGAAACUUUUGGAGGAGACAUACCGUAUUUGUAGCUCUCUUUAAUUGGGAAAGGGAGAAAACACAGAACUUGCAUGUUUAAUUCAAACGAGAAGUACAAAGAUACGUGUUCUCUACCACCUUUCUCCUCCCCGAAAGAAAACAGCUUAUAUGCAAAAUUAAAAGAAACAAUGAGCUGAAAGAACAGAUUGAAACGUGUGAUACAAGAUAUAAGGAGAGGUGGAAGGGGGGUGGAGGAGGGUUUAGAAAAAUAUAAUAUUUUGGUACAAAUCUGGGCAUCUCCAGAGAUACUUGCUUUAGUUUUAAAUGUCAGGUGGUGCUUAAAUUAGCCUUGUGAAAAAUUUAAGAAGAUUAAAAUGAGUGAAAAUCUGAUAAACAAGAUUUCUCUUUUAACAUUGUGUGUGAUAAAGAAUUCAGAAAUGUAACCAAAUAAUUAGCACACAAGCAUGGUGAACUAGGGGAAUAGUUUGUGAGAAGGAUUUCUAGUUCCAUUAGCCAUAUUUUCUUUUUGAAAACACAUUAAUUUUUUUAACAGAUUGAUCAAUAAUUUUAAUGUAUAUUUUAUUUUAUGUUGACCACUUAGGAGUUUUAUGAUACAAGGGUCAGCUUCUGGAUUUAGUAAUCCGGUAGUACUGAAUGUAGUUAUAUAUUUUUGGUGGCUGGAUCCAUUUUUUGUGUUGAGACAUUUUAAACUCAAGCAGCUGUGAAAAAUCUGACAUUUUGCUUCUGGUUUAUUAAAUAGCACAUACGUUUUCAUAGAGUCAUAGACUCUUAGAGUUGGAAGGGACCCAAGGGUCAUCUAGUCCAAUGCCCUGCAAUGCAGGAAUCUCAGCUAAAGCUUCCAUGACAGAUGACCUCUGCUUAAAAACCUGCAAGGGUGCACCACCUCUCAUGGGAGUCUGUUCCACUGCUGAACAGCUCUGUCAGAAAGUUUUUUCGAAUGUUUAGUCAGAAUCUCCUUUCCUGUAACUUGAUGCCAUUGGUUCGAGUCUUACCCUCCAGAGCAGGAGAAAACAAGCUUGCCCCCUCUUUUGGGUAUGCAUACAACUGUCAAGGUUCAGCUCCAUUUCAUGUCUUUCAGAGUAUGCCCAGGUUAUCAAAAUGUUGGGAAAUGGCAGACUGGAGGCAUUAUGUUUUGAUGGUGUAAAGAGGUUAUGUCACAUCAGAGGAAAGUUAAGAAAAAAGGUAUGUAUUUUCAACCAGUGUUUCUAAAGACUUGCUAGAAUGGACUCUGUGAUUGAAGUUAACUAAUGAAUUUCAGAGUAAACAACAAAUAUUUGUAGUGAUUCCUCUAUAACAUGACCCAUGUUACACUAGUUUGCUGCCAGAAUAUGGGUCUUACAUCAUUAGUUUGGAUACUAUUGCUUUACUCUCCUUGCCUUCUGUCAGGUCUGUCAGAACAUGAUUGAUACCUCCACUAUUUGUCCUCUCAAUCCUGGUCUGCUGAGUGUGUACAGAAAAAUAUUAAAGCCACACUUAAUUUUAACAGAUCUGCCCUACUUUUUUCCUUACUAAACAAUUGCGCUGCAGCUUCCUCCAUUUGACUGUCACUCAGAAUGUCUUGUUGCUCUUCAAUUUUUCCCCCUUUCCUGCUCUUUACAGCUAAAGUUUUUGCCAUCUUCAAGAAGGUUUUAGAGAAUUUUCACAGAUUGCUCCCUUGCUUUCCCUCAUAAUGUUCCCAGUUUGUGACUCCAAACUUGUUCUCCUACUUUAAGUCCAGGAUGGAGUUUCUAAAUACCAUUACAUUCCCUCCAUAUUAUUCCCUCCUCCCCUCCAGGCCAUCCUAUUCUAUGGAUCUGUUUUCCAGUAUACUAAACUCUUACUUCCACCCACUCCUUAAUUCAUCAACUUCUGUACAGGUAACUCACAACUUACGCACAUUUAACUUCUGUGAUUCAGCUUUAUAUGCUUGGAGGGAAAUUGUUUUUAAUGAAAAGGGGCAGGUGUCUGGGGAGAAAGACUUUGGGAAUCCCACCUGCUAUUGAACCCAAUGUGUUUUGAGUAUACGUGGUUUUGGCUUUACACACUAUCCCCAGAACAUAACCUCAGUGUAAGUUGAGAGUCACCUGUACUGCAAUUGCUCUCAUCAAUGUUUAAAUUGGCUUUCUUGAGACAAAACCUAGACAUUCUUUCUUAAUACAUUAUUGUUCUUCUUGAAGUGAAAGAUUCAUUUUUCUAUUAGCAUAUUUGUUGGAUUCUUCUCAUUCCUUGCCUUCCUAAAUAAUUUCCUUUUUUGAUUCUCCUAUUUACCUGUUGCCCAAAUAUAAGUUGCACCUGCAAAUAAGCCGCACCUUUAAAAUUCAAGGCUUAUUUAUGGGUGCAGCCCGCCUCCCAGCGGUACCGCCCUGAACUAGGCGGGCCUUAAAUUCUCCCAGCACUCCCUCCCCAAGCUGGCUCCGGAAGAGGCUUGCUAGCAGCGGGCGGGCUGCGCAUCGUUGCCCUGCGCUCCUGGGCUGCUCUCUGGGGGGGAGCCGCGCUGCUUUGCCAGCGGCCUUCCCCCUUCUUUCUGGCAGCUGGGGGAGGCUUGGGAGCAGUGGGCCACUGCCCCAUGCUCCUGGGCUGCUUCCUGGGGGGGGGAGCCAUAAGGUCACAAAUAUAAGCUGCACUUUAACUUUUCACGACCCAAAUUUGGGAAAAAAAAAUUGUGGCUUAUAUUCGGGCCAAUACGGUAUUUCCCUGUCCUCUUUGACAUUUGUGUCCGUAAAGGGUCUUGCAUUCCUUGAUUGCUGCUUUUUAUUCUCCACUUUCCUUGGUGAUCACACUUAUUAUGGCUUUGUGGCUAUCAUAUCUACUUUUCUGCCACUUUUGAUUAUAUUUCUUCCAACUUCCCUCAAGCUCUUUCUUGGUUCUGCUCUUUACAUUGUGAGCGACUUAUUUUUAUUAUUUUGAAGUUGAAAAAAUCCAAUGAUAUUAUUGUUGUUAGAUUGUUAAUGAGGAAGAAUCUUGGGUUUGUAGGUUUUCCUUAAUUAUUUGUUUGAAUUUUAGGUUUGGAUAAAUACAUCAGAUAUCAUACUGGUGGGUUUAAGAGAUUACCAGGUAAAUAUUGUUGUUUUUCUUUCUUUUCUUAGUUUUUGUAACUGUAAGUGAGGAGUCCCAAAACCUGAGUUGCUGGUGUAAACAUUAAAAGCCCAAACACCUUGAUCCCCUGUAUGGACCAUAUUUUAUAAACCUAUCCACACCUGCUGGCACUUCGUUAUUUAUUAAAUUUGUAUACUGCUCUUCAUCUGUAGAUCUCAGGGUGGUUCACAAGGUAAAAACACAAUACAUAAUAAAAACAAAAACAAACCAAUAACUUCCCCUUAGGAAGAAGGGAAAGGGAUAACUAAAAUGUAUGGAAUAUGUGCUGAAGCAUGCUUUGUACAAAGCCCAUUUGGUAAAGCUUCAAGUCAUGCACUGGUCUGUGUGUGUGUUUGAGCUGCGCCUGUAGUUCCAGUAAGACUAAUGUGUAGUGUAGUAUGGCCUAGCUGUGUCAUAUACCAUAUUUUUUGCACCAUAACACUCACUUUUUUCCUCCUAGAAAGUAAGGGGAAAUGUCUGUGCGUGUUAUGGAGCGAAUGCCUGCGGGUGGUGGUGGAGAUCUGCUACAGUCGUGAGCAGAGGAUCCAUGGUUCCCCUUCCUUCCCUCCUCCGUGGUUACAAAGCAUGGAUCCACAUGGAUCCUCAGGAUUUUUGCAUUGGGCUACUCCAAACUCACUGUCAGAUCACAUGUCUGUGGCCACAGCAUGAACCACAAAAAUCAUAUAUCCACUAUUUCGUUUAGAAUAUUUUUUUUCUUGUUUUCCUUCUCUAAAAACUACGUGCGUGUUAUGGUCUGGUGCGUGUUAUAGAGCGAAAAAUACGGUACCUACCUGUCUCUGCAGAGGAUGAGGUGAGAAGGAGAGAUUUCUAGCACAACUAGGAAGACAGGAGCGCUACCACAGACCAUCAAUCUAGCCAGUUCCUAUAGUAGGCUCAACAUAAAUGAGAAAGGAAGUGGGGUAGAAUCAAGCAAUAGAAAAGUUAGUAAAUUACCAAUUUUAGACACACUUUGGUUCAUAAAUAUAAUUAAUUUGGAGUUUCUUAAGAGUCAAAAGUAGCAGAGAUGAUGUGGCUGAAAAAGUGUAGCUUGACUUGUAGCACCUACAAGUUGAGCUUUAUAGUACAUAGCUCAUUCUCCUCCCCUCUCACUUCCAGGUCUUCUAAUAAUAAUUUUUAGUACUGAAACUGUUUUUAUUAUAUAAACUUGAAAAGUACAUGCCUCUGCUGAAAUAAUCUCUGUCAGCAAAAAUUGGUCUAUAACGGGGCUAGGAGGUUGUCUUCUUCAAUAUAUAGAGCUUGAUAAGAAAUAACAAUUUAAACGUCCAGUUAAAGUAAGUUUUGAGCUAGAUUAUUUCCCUCCCCCCCGAAAUACUACUUACUAGUAACUUAAUAUUAUUUAGGAUAACAAGGCUGACGUCAUUCUAAAGUACAAUGCAGAUGAAGCCAGAAGUCUGAAGGCAUAUGGAGAACUUCCAGAGCAUGGUAAGAAUUUCCUUGGUCAUUUCAGAAGCUGUUACAAAUAACAGGGGUGGGGGGACUCACAGUAAAACAGCUGCUAAAAUGUGUUUCUAUUUUGUUUUAAUUUCUACUAGCCAAAAUUAAUGAAACCGAUACCUUUGGGCCUGGUGAUGAUGAUGAAAUCCAAUUUGAUGAUAUUGGAGAUGAUGAUGAAGAUAUUGAUGAUGUAAGUACAUGCAAAGUAUCAAGAUGGUUGUUCAAGGGUAGAGUAUGCUAACACUUUGUACCAUUCAACUCAAGUUAUAUUGCUUGGCCAGGGGUCUGCAAAUUGUAACUGAGCCUGGUAAGCAGAAAUGUAGAAUAAUGGUUUGGAGUAAACGUAGAGAGCCUUUCCUUUUCCACUGAGCAAGAAUGCCCUGCCCUCCACAGAAUUAAGGAGAAAGAAUGACUUAUAGUGCAGAUGGCAUUGCUCCCCCACAAAUUUGAGUUCCCUUCGUGUCUCUUUUUAAGUUAAAACACUACCUUCACUUCCCUAACAGGUAAAUUGUAUAUAAGUAGACAAUGUAGAUUCUCAAAAAUAGUCCUGGUUUGUUGUUUUCCAGCUUCCAUUCAGCAGUAUAUACAUAAACCAUUUGUAUGCUGCCUUUCCAUAGUUAAAACCAUGCUCAAGGCUGAAAUUUAACAUACAAGUGGCAACCAUUUUAGGCGCAUUGAAUUGACACACAAUCACCAAGGCAGAAUGGGUGCAAACAGGGCAGGAAGUGCUUUCAUAUGCUCCACCAACACGUGGGAUCCGGGAUCUGAACCUCCAUGUGAAAUGGUUACCACCUGUAAUCACAAAUAUAACAAAAGUUGUCGUAAGCAAUACAUAAAACACAUCAAAAAAUACACAAUCAAAUUAAUCAAUUUCCACAUUAAUCGUAAUAAGAUAUAAAAGAUUAAUAUCAAUAAUAGCAUCACCCCUCCCUUCCCCCUCAAAAAAACCAGUGUCCCAACCUGAAAGUCUGUUCAGCAGCCUCAGCUUUUGUAACUGGAGUCAGUUUGGUCUGCACCCUCCCAGGCCAGGGGAGAAAAGGACCGCAAGGAGCAGGUCUUCCAGAAUUCACAGCCAUGAUGGUCCCCACUAAUCCCCACUCUGUUAAGAGGUAAUCAUAAGAAUAAUUAGGGGUGCCCAAGCCCACUGAUUUCUUUUGUGUCAGGGCAGUUUAGUUGAAAUACAUUUUGAGCAUAUCCACUCCCAAGUUUUUUCUGCCGGCCUUUAAUUAUUAUAAACUGCAGAAACAAAAUAAUUUGGCACGGGUUUGGAGAGAAGUUUUCACAACAAUGCUGGGGCCUGCUACACUUCUAAAGGAAGAGAAUUCCAGAGAACUCACUUCCCAGAGCUUGGUUAACCUCUUAACAUAGCAAGAGGGACAAGCAGGAUUGUAGAGUACUGGUCAUCAGGCCUCUGGGCAUUAUUACCUGCCAGAAUAAACACCCUUUCCUCAAGCAUGUCAGUAAGUGGUUUCAUGAAAGACGAAGCUUAACUAUGUGUUUCAAAGCUUAUCUAGUGGUGUUUUAGUACUCAACCAAUUGAUCAGUGAUCCAUUUCUGUUCAUGAACAUAUGUGCCUUUAUACUUCAGAUCUAAGCGUUUUGGAUAUGAAUAACUGGAAAUUAACAUUGUUACAUUAGCCAGCCAUACAGAGAUGGAAGGUUUUCCAAUGUUCUUUAUCUAUAGUCAAUUUGAAGCCAAAAGCUUUUUGAUCCUUGAUGUCAGUGGAAUAAAAUUAUGCCCGUCAUGCAUAGUCAUGAUAAAAGGGCAGCCAAGAACAGCAACUCAAGCGACACAAUAUAUUAAGCUUAUCAUAGAUUAUAUGAUAUAGUGAAAUUGUAAUUCGUGACUUGUCAUACUUUUCCUUCACUUGCAGAUCUAAAUGGAACUGAGGAAUACAUUCCAACUCCACCUCAAUAAUUAUUUUGUUUUCAAGUCCAUACCUUAAAGAAGACUGAAACUGCAUAACAUUUGUAGUUACACCAAACCAAUAUAUUGCCCAAUGUUGAAGUAUUUAUAUUUCUUUUAAAAACAGAUGAUGUUGGACUCUGAAAAGUUAAAUGAAAUAUUACAACUAUUUUUGCCUCUUUACCAAUUAGACCUUUACAUCUGUGUGUAAAUACACUUCCUUAAACUCCCUCAUUUGCUUCAUCUUUUUUCACCACUAAACUUCACUCAAUCUGUUUUGAAAUAAUAAUAAAAAAUAUUGCCCUAUAAUUAUCAUGGAAUUUUGAUUGAAUGUGCAGGCUAGUGCCCAGUCUGCCAGUGCAGUGUUUUUUCCUAAUACCCCUUGAAGUCAAAUUGUAACAUUUUGAAAAUAGAAAAGGCAGAGAUUGUCUAUAAAAUUCAUAAUGCCUAAAUCUGCUUUUUAAGUUUUAGCUGCAUGUUAUUUUUAUACUGGUUUUGAUAUUGAAUUUCCUCUUUCACAGAUAAAUUUGCCAUAGUGAGGGGAGAGAAUUUUUUAUUUUGAAAAUUAUGUAUGUUUGAAUAGCUUUUCCCUAUGUGGAAGUGGUAAUGCAGAAGUUAAAAUAGUAGCCACACCAAAUUUAAGUUGUUAAUUAAACUGAAUGGCUUGCAAUGUUAUAUUGUAACUUAACAUUUUAACAGGUGCUUUUGCCCUUACCUUAAAAGUUCAACAUUUAUUAUAUUAUACAUAUUUAGUUUAGAUCCUGAGUUCCCAAGAGCAGAACUCUAGUCACAGUAUGGCUUAUGCUGAUUCCUCCAUCUUUGACUCCUGGUGCCUCCUGAAAAGGUGUUCUGGAGAGUUGGAGAAACUUUUGAAACAGCAUAUGAGGUGGUGCUGAGGUCUGUUGGGGAGGGAUUCCCUCUGGAGUCCAGUCCCUUUGGAGAAUGGAUUUCAAUUCAUUUAGAACAGUUGUUCCCAAGAAUGGUCCAUGGACCCCAGGGGUUCUGCGUAAUCCACCCAGGAGAUCUCUGGCACCAUUCACAUAACAAAAACUACCAUAGAGAUAUCAGUAUUUUCAAAAGUACGGGGUCCACGGUUUGGCUUUUGAAAAAUGGGAUCUGCGGUACUUAGCUAAUUGAGAACUACUGAUUUAGAACAUUCUUACACUUCAGUAAUAAAGAGGAAAAAUGCUCAGUUGUAUCCAACACUGCACAAGCGGAUUUCUUCGUGUAAAGCAGAACUUUCUCCCCCCCGCACCUCCGCUCGCAACUGCUCUGGAGAGUCUGCCUAUCUCUGGAGCAGAUUUUGAUGGUUCACUGUGGGGGGGGGGUAGGCAACUGGGGAGAAAGUUCCAUUGUGCAUGCUGAAGUCUGUUGUGUGAAUGGAACUGCAGUGUUUGAUCAAACCCACUAUGUUUAAAGAAGGUUUUCACUUUCAAUUCCAUCAAUUAUGAGGUACAACUGCAUAAAGGUUUUUGAAUCUGAGAUUAUAAAGGAGAUGGAUGUUAAGUUCUGAAAAUUUCUAUCUGAAAUUAACCAGUUGAGAAACAAAUUGAAUGAGCAUUUUCAGUUUGAGUGGGAGUAGCACACCUAAAAAGUUCAAUAAAGACUAACAUAGUCCUAAUAAUAUUUAAAAGUGCUAGAUUGGUUUGUGUUUCCUUAGUGCUGUAUCUCUAUUUUAAUCAAGGAUAAUUAAUUCCUGUUAACUAACUGAUUUGUCUACAACAGUUUUCAUAGAACACUCAAGUUCUUAAAUUUUGUUAUGCAGCUAAAGUUUCUUAAGUGAAAAAACAAGAAUUUCAGAAGUGGAACUGCAUACAGCCACACUUGUGUCUAACCACACAUAUACAAUACUGUUGAAUUGGCCUCUGCUCACUGAGUUUUGAAGCUGGUGGGGUGGAGGUUCUGCUCAAAGUUACUGAAGUUCGUAUAUUGCUUGCCUUGUGAGUAUUUGAUAUCAGAUGAAGUAAACGUUUUGGUGUUAGUGUGUAUUUUAUCCUUUGUAAACGAGGGAGGAAAGAGGUGUGUGGGGGGGUUAAAAUUCACCAAACCUAUAUACCUGUGUGUACAAUGUGUUGCACACAUUGUAUAUUUUAUGUGUGGGAUAGAUUGGUUUCUUGGUCUUAGACUGAUUUAAGACAACAGUUUAAGCAUGCUUUUUAAUAGCAUUACAAUGUGCAUGCUUGGUUAGAAGCAUUUAAUGGACAUGAGAUCAUGGAAGUCUUGCCACUGACAAUGUUUCUGAUAAUGCUAGAAUAAGAAUAUAUGCCAGAUCAGGACUUGUCUCGUGCAGCAUCCUGCUUCCCACAGCAACCAAUCAGAUGCCUAUGGGGAAGCCUACAAGCAGGAUGUAAGAAAAGCAACCCUCUCCCUGCUGUUGCUUCUCUACAUCUACUUUGCAUCACACAAUGCAUAAUGUUAUACACCUCUGUUGUGUGUUUGUUGCCUGCUUGCCCAUUUUCCAAACUAAAAAACCCCCUGUGUAAUCUUUCUUCAUAGUGCAGUUGAUCCAUCCCCAUGGAUUAUUUUGGCUGCCCCACUUUUUUGUACCAUAUCAAGUUGUAAAAUAUUCUUGAGAUGCACUGACCAGAACUGUGCAAGGUAUUCCAAGUGUGGUUGCACCAUAGAUUUGUAUAAAUACAUUAUUUUUGAUCCCUUUCCUAAUGACGGAAUUCACCAUUUUCACAGCUAUUUCACAUUGGAUUGACAUUUUCAUUGAACUAUCCACUAUGUCGCAAGAUUUCUUUCCUGGUCAGGCUCUGCCAGUUCAGAUGCCAUUCAUGUAUGUGAAGUGAGGAGAUAUAUUUACAUAUAUUUGCCAUAGUAUGCAUAAUCUUACAGUUCUUUUCAUUGAACUACAUUUGCCAUUUUAGUGCCUAUUUCCCCAGUCUGAAGAGUUUCUUUUGGAGUCUCAAUAUCUGACAUGGUUUGCAGCGCUAAAUAUUUUGGUGCCUCAGUAAAUUUGGCUAUCUUGCUGCUGACUCCUAACUCUAGAUCAGUAAUGCACAAGCUAAAAAGCACAAGUCCCAAUACAAAUUUCUUCAGGAAAUCCCCACUACUUACGUUUCUCCAUUAUGAGACACAGGGAUCUGCUCUACAACUUGGCAGUGAAAACAGAUGCAAAGGGUUGAUUUAGGUUCCCUGAAAUCUCCUUUUCCUCUUUUAGCACACCUUGGACUCAUUUGUUGUGCAAAGGUCCAACUGUCUCCCUAGAAUGUCUCUUUAAUGUAUUUCUAAAAUGUUUUAUUGUUGGUCUUAAUGUUUCUAGCAAUACAAUCCUCAUAAUCCUUUUAAUUCCUUUUUGUCUGCUUGUAUUUCUUUUGCCAAAGUUUGUGUUCCUUUUGGUUAUCCUCAUUUAGACAACUCUUCUGUUUUCUGAAGAGUGUCUUUUUGCCUCGCGUCUCUGCUUGUUAACCCUUUGGCAUCCUCAUAGCUUUGGUCAUACCUUUGCAGAUCUGUGGUAUCUAUUUUAGCUGAGCUUCUGUGUAUUGUGUUUCAGUAGCUCCCAAGCCACUUAGAGAGAUUUGACCCUCUUGACCAGGCUUCCUCAAACUCAGCCCUCCAGAUGUUUUGAGACUACAGUUCCCAUCAUCCCUGACCACUGGUCCUGCUAGCUAGGGAUCAUGGGAGUUGUAAGCGAAAAACAUCUGGAGGGCAGAGUUUGAGGAAGCCUGCUCUUAACUAUCCUUUUCAAACUUUUUUUUCACCAAUCCCUCAACAAAAUUCUACAGUGUUCCUUUUAGAAGUCAAAUAAUGCUUUUGUUGGGACUUUCUUGGCAAUUGUCUGCUUCAAUAUGUAAUGCAUUUGAUAGAGCUGUAGUACUGUAGUUUCCAAAUGGUUUAACACUUGCAUCUCACAACAGGUCCUGGGUGCCACUUAAGAUUAAGUUCUGUGUCACUUUCCAUCUGGUCAGUUUUAGGACCAAAUAGCUAGGGCCCAGAUCACCCUGGGCCUUUUGCUCAGGGGAAUGUUAGUACAUUUUCAGUACUAAAUAACUUUGGAGACUUGCGAUUAUCACUCACACACAAUGGUUCUGGGGAGUUGUAUCCCCUUUUUAAUUUUUUGACCAUAUUCCAGAGCAACACCUUUCCCUUCCUAUUGGAUUUAAAUAAAGAUGGAACUCUAUUCCACUCAUUCUUUCAAUACGCAGGGUCCCUCUCCAAACGUCUGUGUCAUGUGGAUUUUUCCUUUAUGGCUGUGGACUUCUGGCUGGCUAUCAUCCCACUGCACUGCGAUUGACUAUUUCUACCGUGUUGCAAUUUGGACAUUUACACAUUCUCAUCCUCAUUUCAUCAUAAACCAGAUGCUCUCCAGUUCCUGUCAGAUUUCUCCCAGGGAAAGAUAUAAGGGUUUUUAAGAAAUAAAUAUUUUCUUAACAAUAAAAUUUUAAAUUCUAAAAAAAUAAUAAUGAUGUGUUAGAUAACGGGUAUUUCUCUGUCCUAAUUCUGACUAUUUAAAACAGCCUCAAGUUAUUAUUUUUAAACUGUGGAGAUAUCAGGGGUUGGACCUUGGGUUUUAUAUGUUAAAAUUAGGGAACCAGUGGUCCUCAACAUGUUGGACUACAACUGGAAGACCACAGGCUUCCCACUCCUGCUUUACAUAUUUGCCACUGAGUUCUACCACAUCUUCCAACUUAAGCUCCCACUUCUGGUUAUGAUCCAAUCACUAGCUAUGAUCCAGCAAGUAAUUUCUAGCAUCAGGGCAGCUGUGUGAUGUUGAUGACUCAUUUAUCCCACUUUUCCUUCAAGGAACUUAAUUCAGGGCAAUAUGUGAAUUAACCCAUUUGAUCAUCACAGCAACAUAAGAUUGGUUGGUUGGUUUGAUGUAAAUUGACUUUUCCUCCUCUUUACAAGAUGUAAAGUUUGUGCAUGUAUUCAGUUCUAACAGUGGUUUAAUUUUUAAGGGCAUGAAUAUAACCUGUUUCCUUGUUGAGAAGGAAAAAGCUAAUGCCAAGGAAUAAUGCAGUAUGCUGGUAAUGUAUAGUUGAGACUAUGUACCUAAGUUCAUUAUGGUGGUUUAAUUAAAAAGACAUGAAACCCUGUUAAAUAGCAGUGUUGUCUGAAAUGACAUAACCACUUAGUAGUGCAUCCAAAUUGUCUAACACAGGAGUAGUUCUUACAGCAAUGCUAUUUCUCAACAUGUAGCUCUUAUAAAGGGUUUUCAAAUGUGAGUUGUGUCUUCUCAUGAACAAUCUAAAGUGUAAAAUACUAGCUCAUACAUACAGUUCCUACAAUCUUCAGUAUUGUGAAAUAUACAUGGAUCAUAUAAGUUGUUACUGCAGCUUAGGUUUGAGGAUUACUGGAACACAAAAUGAUUUCUAUGAAUGAAAAAGCAGACCUAACUUAAAUUGCUAACAGGUCUAACUCUACUCAGUCUAUAGUUCUAAAAAACCAAACAAACCUAGAACUGUAUUAGUAUGAAUAAUUAACUUUUGGGUAUAGCAGAAGUUUAGCUGUCCCUUUUGGUGGCUUCCCCUACUCAAUAACCACAAUUACUCUCUUUUUCAGUUGCUUAUCUGCCCUCAGAUCCGCCUUCUCCUUCAAACAUACUGCAUUCACAAUGAGAGUGGAUUAAGGAUGAAUAUUUUUUUUUUGGCAAUUAUGUGGAAUGGUGCUGACUUGAACCGAAACCUCCCAGCUGCCACUUGUAGCCAUUACAUAAUACCUACUCUAAUUGGUUCUUUCUGUCCAUUGUGAUACAAAUAAAUAUUUUCUCUUGGGAGGCUG